UCUAUUUAGCAAAAUGCCGCUAGCGACGGCGUUUGAGAGAAGAGAUUGAGUUACCGCGAAAAUGAGGCGUUGAUCGAUGCGAAAUUGUGUAAAUUGCUCAUGGUGGCGAAGAGUUGCUAUUGCUGAUAAAAUUGUGUAAAUUGCUCAUGGUGGCGGAGAAUGGAGGUGUUAGUAGUGCUGAUGAAUUUGUCGAAAUUCGGUUCCCUAAUGAUAAUUUAGCGAGAUUAGUGUCUUCGCAGUCAGAGUAAUUUAGGUUUCAAUCAGGCGUAUUGAAUUGGUUUCUUGUAUCAAGGAGUUUGGUGAUUCUGUCAAUUUAGGUGUUUUAGGCGGAUCCAAAAUUUUCCAACACUGAUGAUUCUAGGCAAGUUUUCUGCGGAUUUUAGGUAUUCUAAUGGAUUCACGAGUGUCUUUACAAGGAAUUUGGCAAUGUUGAGGGAAGCGUAUAAGGGUUAGGAUCUGGUUGGGAAUGAAUCAUGAUCUUCUCUGUUUGUGAGAAAUGAGAAUUAGUGAGAUUAAGGAUAAAUUUGUUGAAAUGUUGGAGGGGUUGGUGGGAGAGGACUGAUGAAAUGAGAAUGUGAAGUAUUUGGAAGGAUAUGGAACAUGUAGUAAUAAGGAGUUAUGAAGUCGUACAAAUGAUCUGAGUUGGGAAAUCUACUAGAACAGACUGUUGAUGUUGAAUAAAGAAACACCAUGGUGUUUGAACAUAGUUGGUGGAAAAGUAUAUUUUCUGCCUCUCUCUUGUGCAUCUUCAUUGUUUGAUCGACGAUAUACCAAGACACCCGGCCACAUGGAUCGAUCCAUCGCCCUCCACUCGCUCGCCGCUCUGCUGCUUCUAGUGCUGUCCCCGAAGGCCGAGUGCCAGUGGCUUCACCACCAUCCACUGCCACCCUCUCAUCGACCUCCACUCUGCGCUGAACAGUUUGCAUUAGCAAACCGCGCGUGUUCAGGGCUGCCCUACACACCACUCCCUCCACCAGCCCCUCCUGCCCCACCAGCACCCAUCCCCACGGAGGGAGGUCACCCCCUCCACCGCCAUGGCGGCCACCACCACCACGGGGGGCACCACCACAGGCACCACAUGCACAAAGAAACAAGCGCGGAAGCGGAUUGCUGUAGGUGGUUGAAACAAGUCGACAACAUCUGCAUUUGCAGCCUGUUGGUUCACUUGCCACAGUUCCUCGCCCGGCCCGCCCAUAAUUACACGGUAUACGUGGACGAGUCUUGCGAGAUAACGUUCAGCUGCCCGUCGAGGUGCGUACCGUUCUGAUUAUUACCACAAUCUUAACAGAGGAAGUUAAGUCUAUAGUAGUAAGUUUGUCAUAUGUAUUAUGUAUCGAUUUCAAAUUAGAAAUUGUGUAACAUUUUAUUGCCAUAUUGCCAUAUUAAUCAAAAUCCACUACUAUCAAAGUCACUGUUGGUAGAAGCUAUUUCAAGUGUAGUGUGUGAUUAGUCAAUUUUUAUGGGGCCAAUUAAAGAAAAUGUGGAUUCUGUGUGAAAAAGACUAGCAAAGAGAGUGAUUGAUUUAGGCAGGGUGUCUUUGUUCCAA